AUGGUGUCGUACCGGUCGGUGCUUCAGACGGUAGAGGCAGCGCUGGGGCCUGACGGCCGGCGGGGCAAGCAGCUGACGGCGGCGCAGCGCGGCGACCUCUUUUACGCGCUCUCGCUCGUCGAAGAUGACCUCAGGUCUGACGUCACGUCGCUAGGAACCUCCUGGCGGAGAAGCCGCGGAAUUAGCAGCGGUGCACAGGUGCGCUCGAAGGAGGCACAGCUGCUUUGCGUGCUUCUCAAUGCAUCAACCCAACCCACGGCCCUCCCUCUGCCACCCUUCCCUUCUAACCGAUCCCCCUUCUCCCCGAUCCCGCUCCUCAUCUUCCCAAUCCCCCACCACCCUACCCCCCAUCCCACUCUUCUUUCCCUCCGCGCUUGCAGGAACCUCCUGGGGGAAAAGCCCCGGGACGAGCAGCAGUGGGCGCAGGAACCUGCUGGUGAAGAAGCCGCGGGACGAGCAGCAGCGCGCGCAGGUGCGCAGCAAGGAGGUGCCGCUGCCGGACGGCCCUCCCGCUGUGCUCGACGCCAAGGACGUGCAGGUGAGCCCUCCCACCUCCUGGUGACGCGUGCUGAGGGAUGGGACGUGCAGGUGAGGGGUGGUGAGGGGUGGGACGUGCAGGUGAGGGGUGGUGAGGGGUGUGACGUGCAGGUGAGGGGUGGGACGUGCAGCUGGCCUGGCGCUGCAGCUGAGCUGAGCCAUGCGUUCAACAUCAACGAGCUGGCGCUGCAGCUGAGCGAUGCGUUUGGCAUCAACGAGGUGGACUGUGUGGCGCUGCUCGUGGCAGCACACCAUGAGUGGGGCAUAGCAGGGCGGGCGGACAGUGACGUGGUGCGGCUGGCAGCCGGGCUGUGGUUCACGGAGAGGCGAGCGCUGCUCUCCACGCUCUUCCUCCUCCUCAAGGUUCGUCCGUCUCCCCCUCGCCGCCUCCUCUCAACGUCCGUCUGGUUCCCCCUCCUCCCCCCUCCCAUUGCCUCCGCUCGAAGCCCGUGGCAGUGGUGGGCGACAGCACCACAGGCAGACAGACCCUCUACCGCUGGACCACGUGUGCUGGACCACGUGUGUGUGCUGGGCUACUUCCUCUUUCUCCCUCACUCUCACUCCACCGCUCCUUCCCAUCCCCCCCUCUCCCUUGCAGCUAGCAAUGGUGGACGACAGUACCGCAGACCCGCUACUCCCAGACCACGUGUGUGUGCCUUCCUGCCCACGUGGCACUACCUCCUGCCCUUUCAUUCUCCUCCCACCUCUCCUUCGCGUUCUGCCCUCUCUCUGUCUAUCCCUUGCAGGUGCCAGUGGUGGGUGGCAGUGGUGAGCGACAGCAUGGCAGACGCGCUACUGCAGGACCACGUGCGCCGCUACCUGCGCUCGCUGCUCCAAUCAGGCCUCACCGCCCGCCUCUUCCGCCUGCUUCGGGAGCUCAACCGACCCGACGCCGCUGGCUCGGGCUCCCCGAGCCUGGCUCUCGUGGUGGCGGGGGCUGCCCCCCCUGCUGGGGCGUCGCCUGUGGCAGGGGGAGGGGAGAGGGGAGGGGGAGGCGGAGGGGAGGGAGUGGGGGAGUAUGUGAUGGAUGGGAGGGGGCUGCUGGCGAGGCGGGCGGACGUGGUGCAGCGGGAGAGGCUGCUCGUGGCUCAGUGCGUCGCACUCUCUUGCCUGCUCUGCCGACUCGGUCCGUGCCCUGCUGCUCCUUCCUCCUGGUGCUCCUCCGCUUGCCACUACUUCUCCUCUCUCAACAAUACCUGCUCAUGCCGUGCGGCAGCCACUGUGCUUUGCGUUGGACUGCGUACGGAUCGCGACAGACGGAUCAGCGCCUCACCUUCCUCCGUACCCGCUGUGUUGUGUGCCAUCUGUUUCUCCCUAAUGUUUCUUUCCCCCUCUCCCCUCCACUCCACCCCGCGGUCCUUCCUCCAUCCUCUGCUCUCUUCCCCGCUGCUCCCCCCUUAUGCAGACCCCAAGGAGGCAAAGGAGUUAUUCGAGCUGCUGCAAGACGCCGCCCGUGACUGGUCCGCCGCUGCUGCUGCCGCCUCCUCCCCCUCCUCCACCGCCCUCGCCCUUCCCCCUAUCCCCGCGCCCUUCUCUAUCCCUGCCGCUCCCUCACCUGCGCCCACUGCUGCCUCCACAGCAACUGCGAGCGCGGCCACAGCAGCGGUGGCGCUGCACAUCACCUACACGCUCAUGUUCGCGCUGCUGCACGCCCUGCUCUCUGACUCCCUCGCCUCCCCCUCCUCCGCCGCUGCCUCCGCUGCUGGGGGAGCCGGGGGGCCUGGAGGGGCGGCUGUGCCUUCUGCUGCCGCCCCUGCGUCCCCUUCUGUCUCUUCAGCCCUGCCUGCUGUACUCUCGCCCAAUGAGGCGUUUCGCAAGGAGUUCAGCCGAUUGGUUCUUAAGUCAACACCAUCCGCCACUGCCUCUUCAUCCUCCCACGCACUCGUCCCAUUCCAAUCCGGCCCGCUCUCCCUCCCCCCUCAGCCCUCCCCCUCUGCCUCCACCUCCUCCCCACCCACCUCCUCGCCGCUCACCCCCCCUGCUCCUGAUGACGUCAUCUCGGUCAUCCGCCUCGCCUGGGCCGUGUUCCUCGCCAACACCAGCACUCUUCCAGCCUUCUCCGCCCCGAGUCUCUCCCCCUCCCGAACCUCCGCCCGAGGCUCGGUUGCAGCGGCAGCCCUGGCGGCAGGAGGCUCGGGAGAGGAUGUGGUUGGGGAUGAGGUGGCAGUGGCUCGGGAGUGUUUAAAAGACGAGACUUUGUUAAGUGCCACGACGCUGCUGCUGCAGCAGGUGUUGUCAUCUGCCGUGUUUGAAAACGACGAUGAGGAUUUAACGUUCACUUACAUGGUCUACACCCACAAGCUCCUCUCGUCUUUCUUCCUCCAGCCAAUCACGCGCGAGCGAAUCCGGGAGUUGCGCCACGCCUCCCUCUCCCUCCCUUUCCUCCCCGCCUCAUCAUCUUCCGGCCGUCCAGCUCACGCUGACGUGGACAAGGCUGCGCGCUUAGCUGGCGCGUACCCCCACAGCAUGGGGCGCGGCGUGGCUCGGAGUUUAGAGGAGGAGGAUGAGCGAGAGCAGAGGCAGCAGCAGAGGGAGGAGGCAGAGGCACAGGAACAGGUGGCGGUGAGGGGGAGGGCGUAUCUGGGGUUGCUGCAGCUGGUGGGGGCGGUGUAUGCGCGCCAGCCGGAGCUGAUGGCAGGGGGCGGCGUGCUUUGGCAGUUUGUGAUGUACGUGGGCGAGGAGCAUAGAGGGGCGGCGUCACUGGUGGCGUUUCUGAACCUGCUGGCACAGCUGGUGGGUGGUGGUGGGGGGGGGGGGAUGGGAGGGAGGGCGGUGGGGCGAGAAGAAUGGCGAUUGGGGGGAGUGGUGUGCUGUGGCGGGCUGUCGUGGGUGUAUGGGGGUUGA